AUGGUUCAAGGGACAGUUCACGGAGGUGUGUCAGUAAGCACAGCAGAUCUGAUUUUACGUCUAUUCCGUUGGUGUCCUUUUCUUGGAGGAGCUUUUGGCAAAGGUCUAAGAGCUUCCGGUGAGAAUUCAUUGGAUAUAGUGACGAGCGGGCUACGAGCUGUAGAUGUGGAGGCGAUAUGUUCAGUCUUUGCAGGCUCGUUGACAUUUUUGCUGCAAAUGAACGAACUGCCGGCAGGUGUUUUUGUCGAAUUGAUUGCAGCGUCUUCAUUAUCAGGAAGAAUUUUAUUAGAAGGGGCUUUCGAAUAUUCUCCACCUCUCUCACCUAUAUUCUCAGAUGUAUCUGGAGCUGCAGCCGGUUUGGAAAUAAUGGUUUUUGGAUUACUACUAGACGUUGAUGCUGUUCCCGAAGUUGACGAAAGCUCGCCGUCAUGUUUGUUGGUAUGUACUUCCAUGAAUUGCACAUUAGUAUCUACUUCAGACGCCGAACUAAUCAUUGGUCUAGUCUCAUUUUCACUUGAAUUCAAUCUAACUUGUGGGUGCUUCCUUAGCAUAUGUUUUCUUAAAUUGUUGGAGGAGGAUUUAUAACUCAAUUCGGUUUUACAUAUAUUGCAAACGGCAAUUCUGUCAGAUUUAGGUUUCAUUUCAAAGAAGUUCCAAAUUUCUGAUUUUUUUGCUGAUUCUUUUCGCGGCAUGUUGAGAAAUCUGGCCUAAAAAUAAUACUCAUAAUUGAACACCUACAUCAUCAUUAUGUGCAUAUUAUAAUUAUAUUAUAUUAUAAUAUGCAUAUAAUGCCUAGUCUGUAGUGUUUAAAACGUUGCAAAUUUACUUACUUUUUUUGUACGCAAGAUAUUUUGUUGAAGCCAAGAAAUUUUAAAACGAACUUGUGCUAAAAUCAAAUGUACGAAUGCUUCUAACGCACAACCAAGAACGAAAAACUAAGACUGUCCUGUCGUCUAUUCGUCUAAACAUAACCAAAACAAUAUAAGCACCGUCAGCCGUCGCCGUCGCGCCAAUACCGCGAUUUGACAGGGUUGCAAUUUUGUCGUAUUUGUCCUCCAAGGCCAAGGCAACGGAUUGCGGCCGGGCGCGAAUCGACAUCAUAAGUUACUUGCAUGUGGACACGAGCCUUCAGUUCCUUCGGUUCCUGAGUAACCGGUUACUUGAUGGUAAUAAAGCGCGACGCUACGUACCCAAAAAAUACCGCGAUUAUAUCGCGGUAUUAAAAUACCGACCCACCUCUAGCGUUCACACA